UUCAUACAUAGACCAUAGAAGCUUCCUCUGUUCUCCAGUUCUCAUUCAUCCAACGGUCCAUAUUCAACAACCCCACCUCUUAUUCCAUUCCUCUUCUCUCUCUACAGAAAUUUCAGAGAGAGAGAGAGAGAGAGAGAGAGAGAGAGAGAGAUCUCCGGCUAGACGAAGAGAAGACGCGCCACCAUAAGUUUCUUCUUCGACUUCAGAUCUAAACGUGGACUGGAUAGUCUAUAAAGUCAACGGAUCUGCUCAUCCACCGAUUUUUCCUUUUUAUCUGUUGUAGAUAUUUAAAGGGUUUUAGCAGAAGAACAAUGGCGUUUCGGAAGGCCAUGGGAGCUGUGAAAGAUCAAACGAGUAUUGGAAUAGCCAAGGUAGCUAGCAAUAUGGCUCCGGAGCUAGAGGUAGCCAUAGUCAAAGCCACCAGUCACGACGAUGAUCCAGCUAGUGAAAAAUACAUCCGAGAGAUCAUACAGCUCACAUCCUUCUCACGUGGCUAUGUCAGUGCCUGUGUUCACUCAUUAUCAAAACGAUUAAGCAAGACUCGUGAUUGGAUCGUAGCACUCAAAUGUUUAGUUCUCAUCCACCGAUUGUUAAACGAUGGCGACAUGGUUUUUCAACAGGAAAUCAUGUACGCAACCAGAAAAGGAACACGGUUGCUUAACAUGGCAGAUUUCCGCGAUGAAGCUCAUUCAAAUUCAUGGGAUCACUCCACUUUCGUAAGAACUUACGGGUUUUACCUCGAUCAAAAGCUUGAUUUAGUUGCUUAUGAACGGAAACAAAACAACAAUGGCAUCCAAGAACCUGACAAAUUCAGAGAAGAUCGCUGGAAUUCCCCACCAUCACGUGGCUACAAUGACUUCGAAUCCCCUGGAUAUGGUGGAAACAUGAGAAGGUCAAGAUCUUCAGGAGAUGUCCGAGAGGGGGAUAAAAAAUCCAUAACCCCAUUAAGAGAAAUGGAACCCGAAAGAAUCUUUGGCAAAAUGGGUCAUUUACAAAGGCUAUUGGAUCGGAUCCUGUCAUGUCGACCCACGGGUCUUGCAAGAAACAGUAGAAUGGUAUUGGCUGCUUUGUACCCUGUUAUCCAAGAAAGCUUCAAACUUUACGCAGAUAUAUGUGAAGUUUUAGCCAUUUUACUUGAUCGAUUCUUUGAUAUGGAAUAUCAAGAUUGUGUAAAAUCAUUCGAUGCUUAUGUUAGUGCAGCUAAACAAAUCGAUGAACUUGUAGGGUUUUACAAUUGGUGUAAAGACAUGGGUAUUGCAAGAUCUUCAGAUUAUCCUGAAGUUCAAAGAAUAACAGCAAAAUUACUAGAAACAUUAGAAGAAUUUGUUAGAGAUCGAGCAAAUGUUUCAAAAAGCCCCGAAAAGAAACCCGAAAUUAUUGUUAAAGAAGAAGAACCGGUUAACAUGAACGAAAUCAAGGCUUUACCACCACCGGAAACUUACACACCGCCUCCGGUGGCGGCACCACCGCCACCGCCACCACCACCACCACCACAACCCGCCGGAGAUUUACUCGAUUUACGAGAAGACACGUUAACCGCCGACGACCAAGGGAACAAAUUCGCAUUAGCUUUAUUCGCCGGAGGAAACACCGGGAAAUGGGAAGCGUUCGGGUCGUCCUCCGGCGAGGCGGAGGUGACGUCUGCGUGGCAGAAUCCGGCGGCGGAUCCUGGAAAAGCUGACUGGGAGCUUGCGUUGGUGGAGACUGCUAGUAAUCUUGAAAAACAGAAGGCGGCAAUGGGCGGUGGGCUUGACCCGUUGCUUUUGAAUGGAAUGUAUGAUCAAGGAAUAGUGAGACAACAUGUGAGCACCGCCGGGUUAUCUGGCGGCAGUGCUAGUAGUGUGGCGUUGCCGGGGAAGACCGCCACACGGGUGUUGGCACUUCCGGCACCUGACGGGUCGGUUCAGACAAUCGCGGGUGACCCGUUUGCAGCAUCUCUAACUGUUCCUCCACCUUCUUAUGUUCAAAUGGCGGAUAUGGAGAAAAAGCAACAGUUGCUUGUUCAAGAACAGGUGGUGUGGCAACAGUAUGCUAGAGAAGGAAUGCAAGGUCAAGGUAGUUUGACUAAACUCACUAAUGGUGGAUAUGGAGGUCCGGGUCAACCGUAUGGGUAUCCACCUGUAAAUGGAUCCGGGUAUUAUUAUCCUACUUACUGAUUUUUACAUAAUGUCUAUUUUGUAUUUUUUUUUCUUUCAUCAUCAUCAUACUUUUACAUUUUUUUUUGUUUUUAAAAUUUUCAAUGUAUCUUUUCAUGUGUGAUAAUUGAUAAUGCAUUUCUAGUGAGGGGAGAGACAGAUAAACGACGACAUAUUUGGGUAUUGUGGGAUGAAUGUAAAGAUGGGUGUUUUUUUUGUUCAAAUCAUGAUAUCUUUGUUUUUCUAUUAAAAUGACAUUCGUAA